CCACGAGGCUCGUGUUAAACACAAUAACCAACCAACCAGACCUGCGUCUGUUGCUGACCACGUAUGUAUCAACAUGCUCGUAUGUAUGUCAGUCACGUGCGUGCGUCAUCAGAAUGAUGCAUCCCAUUCGUUCCUCCGUCCUCUGGGUAGUUCUUCUCAGCCACGACCUGCAGCGCCCUCCGCCACAUCCCGCGAACACUCCCGUCGCCCUCAACUGCCAUGCAUGGACACACACACACACACACACAUGCAUGGAGAAGCAGCAGCCAUCCAUUCUCCGUCUCGUCCCGCUCCAGUGUCUGUCUGUCUGUUUGUCUGUUUGCCACUCACCAGUGACCCAUGGGCAGAAGACCCGGUGCAUGGUGGCGAGGUGCAGCUGCUGUGACUCGCCACUCCAACCAGUGGGGUGAAACGUCCCGACGGAAAAGGGACGCGAUCGGGCGCUGCCGUGGCCUCGGAGGGCCGCCGCCUCUCGGUCGGGCCGCGGACGGGUUGCGAAACCUGAUAGGGAGAACUGCAUGACAUGCACAGCAUGAGCGAAGAGGAGGUGACCAGUGCAGUGCAGUGCUGUGUGUUCUGUGUCAAUCGUGUUGUGCUCUGUUGUGCUGUGCUGACCUCUCUGGUGCAGUAGUUGCAUGUGAGCAUCUGUCGUGUGCGGCCGUCCUCCAGGCGGUCUCCCGCGUAGCGCCAACCCAACACAGCCAGCAACGACAACACCUACAGGCAGACACACACAGCCAUCUCUCCCUCCCAACAUUUCUCCCUCCCAAUAUGUCACUUACGUCUAUGCCGUCCUGCAGCCCUCCAGCCAAGCGCCUCUCCCCCUCUCCGUCUCGCUCUCCCUGCUCCCCUUUGCAUCCCAGCCACUCACCCACGACCCUCUCCACAGCCGUCAUGUGACCGCCCCUCCCCCCGCCCCCCUCUUCGGUCCCCACCAGGCCCCACCCCAGUGCAUCUUCCUCGGCUCGUUUGCGCUUGCGUGUGUGUGGGUGUGUGAGGUCCUGAAGGGCAUCGAUGCACUGCUGGUGGACGAUGGGGAAGCGGGCCAGGGCGCCGUCGAGGGCCGCGCGGCUGUGUGUGAGUGGUCGGGACGAAUCAGGGGGGGGAGGCAUGGGUGGGAUGAGUGCAGUGGUGUGUGUGUUGGCUGCCUACCGUUGUGUGAAGUCCUGAAAGAGCUGCUCGGCGGUGGUGGCCAGGCCCCUGACAUUCAUUCAUUGACACGGAAACAGCAGCCCGUUAAUGGCUGGCCUGGCCCAUGUGUCAGCGCUGUGUGCUGCGUGCUGCUUUUUUGUGGCCCACUCACUCACCCACCCUGUUCCGAUGGUGGCAAGGGGCACUUUCAUGUCGCGCCAUGGGCAGCACCAGUGGUGGCCGCGCUCAAGCAGAUGCACCAGAUGGGCGGAAACGGUCAGGUCGACCGUCUGGGGCAAAAGGCCUUCGCCCAACAAGACUGCCUCUUCCUGAGACCCUGGGUGACAUACAGCAUCCACAAACACGUGGGCAAGGAUUGGCGCGGCGCUUGCGUGUGUGUGCGGCGUGUGCGCGUGUGUGCUUGUGCGCACUGAUAUGGAUCUCAUGGCCGCAUGUCACACAGCGGAUCUGACAUUGAACACACUCAUAUGGCACAUCGUCAACUAACCGGCGUGCGUUCAUUGUGACUGACCCUGUUGACGGCCACGCACUCGUAGCCGCGCCGCGAACACUCAACCGGACUCAACUGCACACAAGAGCACGGCAGAGCCACACAGAUGACACAGAUGAAUGAAUCCAGUGAAUGAGUCAGGCAUCCCCACCACUGGAGGCUUCUUGCUCCACCUCGACCCAAGAUAUGUCCUCAGACUGCACCACCGCAACCCAACCAGUGCGUUCCAUUCAAAAAAACACCGCGAGAUGUGACCUCAGAUCACCCCUGCAGGCCAUCCAGUGCUCUCUCUCACCGCGUCAGAUGGUCUCGCGUUCCCGCUUCGCCAAAGAGUCGCACUGUCGGUGCCUUUGUACACACAUCGUCACUGCCAUCCUGUUGGCCUACAAUUGGACGAUUUUCCACCUCCAUUUCCC